UCCGCCAUUUUUCGACAGACGAACAUCGGCUGGAAAUGCAUGUGACCUAACUCGCAUUGUGACACAUUUCCGAGAAAUAAUGCCAAGAAAGAACAGCAUACCUACAAAUCACCCCACAGAAGUUGAAUCACUGACAUUCACUAACCAUGUGACGUAUGUGAAGUUCGGGUCGCAGCUUGAGUUGUCGCUGUGAGAACCAAAGCUGUGGCUGUUCAAGGGUCCACUGUCCCUUCUGUAGGGUCCAAAAUUUCAAGCCCUCACGUCCGGCCAGGGUCAGGGAUCACCUCAACCAGACUCACUUCAAGCAUGCUGUGCUGUAUAGAGGUAGAAACCUGGUCAAAUGCUACAUGCAGUGCGAUGCCGCCCCCGGGCACUUCCACUGUCCCCACUGCCCCAAACAACUCCUCAAGAAGGCUGGCUUCCUCUACCACCUGCGCAAUCACCUGCGGAAGGCGGGUAAGCCAGAGUCCUUGGUCCAGGCCCCCAACUUCAAACAUCCUCAGAAGGUUCUGUUUGAUGGUCAUGUGAUCCAGCUCUGCUCCAAUCAGUGUGAAGGAACCCUUGGCAAACAUUACCACUGUCCUUUGUGUGAGGAGAAGAAGUUUGAAGAGAUGGGGUCCUUGUCAAGUCACUUGUGGAGAUGCUGGGAGAUCAGCAGCUUGAAAGAGAACACAACUGUGGACUUGCCAGAAAGGAAGAAUGUGGAUGAAUUGUGGACGGCCAAUAUGGCUUUUAACACUACUGUUCCUCCUCCCAUGGAGAGAUUUGGGAGUAAGUGUCACGUGUCAGUAGUGAGAAACUUGGGUGACCUCCCCUUUGAGAGAUGCCAAGACCAAGGCUGCUGUCGACAUCGUUUUCACUGUGCUCUUUGUCCUUCAACAAAAUUCAAGCCAGCGUUCGUCAGCCAUCUCCAAGAACACUACCUCAGUCACUGGAACAGCCGUGCAGUUUGUGGAUCUUACAGCUACCUGGUGUGCUAUCAGCCUUGUCUCCCUCGGUACGGUUUCUCUGUGUAUCACUACCACUGUCCAGUCUGUGGGCAGUCACGCAGAAGGAAGAUGCAGUUCAUUAACCACCUCCGGGAAUGUCUGGAUCCAAGCAUCAAGACAGAAUCUACUGAGACUGACAUCCACGGAGCUGAGGAGGAAGAUACCGAAGAACCUCACCAAGAUCUGGAAGUUCCUUGUGAAACUGAUUAUGGGGAAGGGGAAGAUAACUCUGUACUGGAGAAAACUGUUUCAAAUUCAGCAGAAGAGAUAGCUGUAAUAGGGGAUGCUGGGAAUGAGGAUGUUUCCAUGGAAAUGAGUGAGCAGAGGAGAAAUGAUGUUCAGAAGAAAGCCAUGGAGGUCUUCAACACAGUGCUGGCCAUCUUAUCACCAGAGUUUAUCUCCUCCCUGGCCUAUGACGGGCCUGUGGAGGACUUGCUGAGGGCGGUUACUGUGGAGACUGGCGUUGAAUGGCUGUCAUCUCCAGGUGUCAACAGUAACCCUGUCUACUCCAUCAGCGGAGAAGUAGACAGCAUCGUCAGAGCCAAGCAGAUGUUGAGACAGAGUCUCCCAAUGUCUCUGCAGAAGUCUCACCAAGAGAGCCUUACACCCAGCAAUGCUAAUGAUGCGUCUGCCAACAUUCCGGAAACACCUCGAUGCAUUUCUGAUACAGUCUCACCCCCAAGUGACACAGCAAGUAAACAAGGAGCCCAUCUAAUGUCCAAUGGUAUCCAGGACACCAGAUCUAACGAGCUACAAUACACUGAUGAUGUGUGGCCGGCCUCCAGUCUUCCUGCAGAACAUACAUCAGCUGCUCCUACAAGUGUCACUCGAACCAUCUCAAGCUUUGCUACAAAUCACCAUAACAGAUCAUCACAGAGGAACACUCAGGCUAACAUUGAAGAUAAUAUUUCAAGUAGCUUAGGGGAACAAGUCAUGGUGAAGCAAGAGACACCCAGUAAGGAGAUGCUGAUUAAUGCUUUGGAAAUGUUGUCUUCAGCUGUUGAGAUUGUGAAGAAGAAAGAAGAGAGUCAGUUGGCUAGAGAAGAAGAUGAUCAGACAGCACAAGUGGAUUUUCCGAUGAUGAAGGCAACGUCAUCAGUUAGCAGUCAGGAUGUUUUUGAAACUCGGAGGACAAGGAAGAGAGGAAAUGUGGAUGUUUCUCCUCCAGAAUCAGUGACCAGAAAAAGUAAGAGAAAACUCUCCUCUUCUGCUCGACAAAACAGGCGAAAAAUGAGAAAAAAAUCUUCUCCCCCUUCUGCUGAAGAUCUCAACAAACCAGGCUCAGACAUACAAAUAUGUCCUGGAUCAAAUCUGAAACCUUUGAGUACUGAGGAGAAAUCUGGGAAAUCUAGUGGAAGACCGAGGGGACGACCCAGAGGAAGUUCAGGCAAGACUGCCCAGAAACAGGAUAAUGUCAGCCAACCAACUGUAAAAAGAUAUUCUACCCGAGGAAAUAAAGUAGAUUUCUCCUUCCUGGCAACAGGAAAGAAAAGGAAGGAGGUGCAGGCAAAGCCUGAAAAAAAGCUGUUACACGAAAAGAUUCCACCAUCAGGCAGUCCUUGUUCCCAGACACCGAUGAUGAAAAAGAAAGGAAUUCCAGAACCUCAAGAAAUAGUGGAUGAAGAGCAAGACUCCCACGUGAGUUCAUCAAAGUCAAGAAUAAAGGGGAGAGACAGAAAACAAGAUCUGAAUCAGUCUAGAGUGGAAUAUGAGACUUCUCUUUCCAUGUGUUCAUCAGAGACCUCGUCUACCGUUUCUUCCUCAAAAUCUAGGGUCCAGGAGAAAGAGAACAGAAAGGAGAAAGAUCUGAGAGAGGGUAUUCAGCAGCCAAGGCUUGAACAAGAGACAGGAGACAGAGAGGAAGAAAGCGAGGAUAUUCUUCAGGCUAGGCUCAAACAUAACACCUCCCCUUCAGUCUGUUCUUUACAGUCCUGGACACAGACAGAGAUGGAAGUAUCUGAUGAAAUGGAAUCUGCCUUUGAAAAUUCUGAUGACGAGGAAGUGACUUCAAGUCGAGCUUCUUAUAGACUAGUGUACAGCAACAUGGCAGUCGUGCCAGUGGUCACCUUCAACAUGCAAUCCCAGAGCAUGUCCAGGCAGCUCAUUGGAAGCAGUGUGAAGAAGAACCCGUGUAAUACAGAGCCUGGAGCCAUUAGGGAGAAGAGUAAGGACUUGAAACGAUUUGACUGUCCUGUGUGUCAGUUUCAGUCCGAUUCCUUCCUCAAUGUUGUCAGCCAUUGUUCCGAAGAGCAUGAGACAGAUGACAGUCUUCACUGUGAUAACUGCAUGGUCAUAUGUCUGGAUGAGGAGUCCAAGUCAGCUCAUAGGAAGUAUUGCAAUAAGUGGAGGCUGGAUGAUUCCGAGAGCAAGCACCACACAUGUCCACAUUGUAUUUUCACAUCUGAGGACUUUGCGGAAGUCUCGGACCACUUAAUUUCCGAGCAUGAUGUUGAGCGUCUCCGAUGUGAUGUCUGUGAGAGAGUGUUCAGCCAGCACAAAUCAAUGGACAUACACCUGUCCAUGAAACAUGGCCCUAAGCAAAAGGCAAGUUCUCAGUUUGAAAAGCCUUCAACCAAGUGUCCUCUUUGUUCAGUUGUUGAAGAUGACUUCCAGGCACUGUCUUCUCAUCUGAUAUCGGAACAUGAUGUAACCAGUCCAUUACGUUGAGACAUCUGUGAAGGAGUCUUUGACAGCGACUCCCAUCUUGAGGCUCAUCUGAACAAUCACCAUGGGCCAUUUGAAGAAGGGUUAAUUUCCAACAGAUGCUCUGAAUGUGGGAUGGUGUGUAAAUCUAAGACGUCAUUAAUUCAACACCAAGUGUACAUCCACAAAAUGAAGUUCAAAAAGGACAAAAAAACAGCCAGUUUGGAGUGUAAAACUUGUUACUUCCAAGCUAAGACUGUGCAUGAAAUCAGAAAACACCGCUUGCAGCACAAGUUAGGUGUCCAUGAGUGUAAAGACUGUAAUAUGACCUUCAACUCGACCCCUAACCUUCAGUUCCACAUUCAGCUUCACCAUAAGAAGUCACACACUGCCAAGUGUGAUAUUUGUGGAAAAGUGUUCAAACAUAAACGAUACGUCAUUGGUCACCGGAAACGUCAUUUUGGAACCAAGAAAUUUAAGUGCAACAUAUGUGGGAAAGCAUUUUAUGAGAAAUGCACCCUCAAGGCUCAUGAGCAGAUUCACAUGGAGCCUAGUGAGAGGGAGUACAGAUUUGUAUGCCCAUUUUGUGGCAAUCGUUACACAAGCAAAAGCAAUUUCAAUGAUCAUUUAAACAAACACACUGGGGAAAGGCCUUAUAAGUGCACCCAUUGUGAUAAAUCCUUCGGGUUCCGUAGCCAGCUUGCCCAGCAUAGGAUCUUUGCCCAUUCCACAGACCGGCCUUUCAAGUGUAAAGAAUGCAACAAAGGUUUUAAGCUGGCGUCAAAGUUGCAGCAGCAUAUGAUUGGCCACACGGGAACCAGCAAACACAUGUGCGAUAGAUGCAAUCAGGCGUACUGCUCAUCUGCGUCGUUAAGGAUCCAUCAACAAAAAUGUCGAGGAACAGUUGUGAAGAAACGGCCGUUGACUUCACAAGUUUCAUUUGAGCCCAAUCCCAAUGUCAUUGCAGUGUCGGAAUCAGAAGUUCACAUGGCAGUGAUGAAUUCGUAUGUUGUGAUGAACAACUCUGGCAUUGACCUUGACCCUCAGUUGGACUGUAACAGCCAGGAGCAGCAGACGGAGAUCUAUCUGUGUAGCGUGUGUGAGGUUGGGUUUACAAGGUAUGAGGAUGCAAAACAUCAUAUCAACACCGAGCACGAGGAAAUGGGAGUGGAAGAAGAGAGUGUUGUCAUGGUGGAGGAAGAGUGUAUGCCAGAGGAAUCAGAUGUCGUGGUGGACCCAACGAUACAACUGACGGAGAUCAGCAUGGCUGAAGCAGACACAAUGUCGGAAACAAACACAAGACAUGUUGUCUAUCACACUUAGCAUUGGAUCAGCAGAUCUGUAAAGCCUUAAUUAGGCCAGACCAAUUUUAUUUCUUGUUUUAUGGAAUUUUGUCCUCUGAAAAUCUAAAGGCAGGAGGGAACAAAAAAGUAAUAUUCC